UUUUUAAUACACAUGUCGGUGAUUGUUUGGUUUAGAUUUGGUCGCCUUUUCUCUUCUACCUUCGACUCCAGCUUUGCGCUCGUUCGAAAUUGGGAUGAUGAAAGUGCGAAGCAGCCGCUGUCGCUUAGCUAAUUUGAUUUUUGGAGAAGUGUGGGACUGGAAUCUACUCUAGCCGAAGAACAAACGACGUACUCCUUUGACGUGCUAACUUCGGAACGCUUCCAAAAUGCGUCGUCGUCAGCAGAGAGACACCAUGGGAGUCCUCCUGCUCUUAAACCAUGUCGUGUACCAGAUUGGACUAGACGUGAUCCCGCCAGUGACGUUGGCGAUCGUGGUAGCCCAAGCUUGCACGUUUUUGGGACUAGUGGACUUGCCGUGGAGAUCUCCCGCCGAGGCAUGUAUCAGCGUCGACAAGGUCGUCUUCCGCGGACAGUGGUGGCGCAUCCUUUUCGCCGCCUUCGAGCACGGUGACAGUUUCCACCUCUAUUACAACAUGGUGUCCUUCAUCUGGAAAGGGAUCCGAAUGGAAACGGAACUUGGAUCCGCUUACUUCUUGUACAUCGUGUGUCUGUUUACGGGGCUCACGGGAGUCACGCUCGUGGGUCUAAGCUACCUGUGCGGCAUGUUCGUCAACCCGUCGUUCAAUUACCAGUGCGCCGUGGGUUUCUCGGCUGUUAUUUUUGCCCUCAAAGUUCUGAACAACCACUACUGGCCAGGAAUCAGCCCGACUAUCAUGGGAAUGAGCGUUAGCAUGCCUUCUGGCUUGAUCGUGUGGGCAGAGCUGGUUCUCAUUCAACUUGUCACGCCAAACGCUUCGUUCUUGGGCCACCUGGCCGGAAUAUUGGUCGGUCUUGCGUACGUACACGACAUCGUAAAGCCGUUCGCGGACCUCAUCUGGCGGCUUCUAGGACAGGGCCCAGUUUAUAUCGCGCGAGGUGUCUCCAGCCCUCGCCGGCGGUGGCAGCGCAGCCUAGGUGCGUUUAGGAUUCCCGUUGGUGCUGCCUUGAUUUCAGGUGCGCUCGUGGCGCACAAGAUGAGACUGCUUCCCGUGUUUCUGAGCUACAAACUGAACAACCCGUGCGUCAACUCCUACCUUGUCCUGAAGCAAGAACGCUGGGAACAGUUGCUGGUGCCAGCGUUGCACACCUACAACAGCAUGCAUCUCUUGUACACUGUGGUGUCUCUCCUUGGACUUGGCUUCUACUUAGAAAGAAGGCUGGGCACGGUGCAGUUUGCCUUGACCACUUUGGCUGCCACAGUGGCCACCAACCUCGGUUACUGUCUGAUGACACACUUUGUGCUUCCUUAUGCGAAGGAGAUAGAUGGCAUCCCCCAUUUUGAGAUGGAGUACAAAUGCUUCCUGGGGAUGACUGGAGCACUAAUGGCUCUGAAAGUUAUCUAUUCCUAUUACUAUCCGUACGCGGGCUACCUCUUGUUUUUCAUUGAAGUUCCGGUGCCCAAGUUUAUUGGCCUCGUUUUGGAAAUUGCGCUGCUCCACUUUCUCCUUCCUCAUGUGUGGAUUGUUGGGAAUGUGGUGGGUUUUGCAGUUGGCAUUGUGUAUGUCUUCUGCUGCAUGUAUCUGGUUUAAAAUGCUGCUGGAAAAUUUUAAUUCUACGCCGACUUGGUAUAUUGGGAAGCGACUGAUAAUGAAACCUUUCUAUGUACCACUGGUUUGUGAUAGUGGCGAAUAGGCACAUUUUGACCAUUUGCUACCAAAGAAAUGCAUAUUCUACAAUGUUUCCUAGAUGCUCAAGUUUUGAGCAGGAGAUUUGUAGUUUAUGUACUUGGAUAAUUAUUUUAAAAGGGUUUGCAUCAGACUGACCUAACUAUUUUGUAAAUAAUGGUACAUGGCCAAAUGGAGUACCUACUUGAUCAAAUAAAUUUAUUUAUAUAU